GGGCGACUGACAACAGACAGCGGUUGCAACAGUUACAGCAAACUGGAGAAAGAAACAACUGAUCGCGGCAGUUGAUUAUAACGUAGCGGAAACAAUUCUUACUUUGAAUUAUUCUUGACUUUUGAAUUGUCGUUCUUUGUAGAGACUUAGUCAAUCAGUGCAGGAAAAUGUCGUGCGUUCUUAAUAGAGUUUUAUCUGAGAUAGGCUGGGAUGAGCACUUUGCUAUCCCCGAACCCAACGCUGAAAACAAGGCUUUGAUAGAAGAGAUUCGUAAAAAAGAGACGGAGGUGGUGCAACUGGAAAACACACUUGAGAGAAACAAGGAUCAAAGGCAGUUAAUGACUGAAUUCCUCAAAAAUGCUAAACAAGAGCUGGAAAAUAAUGAGGCUCUGUGCAAGGCAAAGGACAGAGAAGAAGAGUUGGAGAAACACCUCACAGCCCUCGCAGAAAGGGAGACAGGUCGCCUGGCACAGGAGACUGCUAAGAUGGAGAAUGACCAUAGAUCUUUAGCAGAGAGGAGGAACAUGCUAGAGAACCAUAUCUUCAAGGCCAAACAGAAGCUAGAGGAGUUUAGGAACCAGAUGAACUGGGACCAGCAGACCAUGGAUGCCUUUUUAGAGGAGUCAGCAUGCAAAGAUGAGGACACAAUGGCCAUCAUCAAGUACGCCCAGCAAGAUGAGCAGAGGAUCAAGUCACUCACUCUGGCUAUAGAGAAGAAGACACAGGAGGCCAAUGGAAAGCGCAAAGCACUUGACAAAGAAUUGACUGAGACUACAUCUGCACAGAUUGCUUUGGAUAAAACUACAGAAAACUUGCAGAAGGCCCACCUGGAGACACAGCAGCUCCUCCACCAGUGGGAAAACACAAUCAAGCAGAUGAAGCAACGAGACGCUGAGAUGCAGCAGUGUGCGUUGCAACUUGCCCAAGCCAACCAGAACAUCAGGGAGAGGAAUGCCACCAUUACAGAGAGGGAGCACUUGCUGGAUACUCAGAGGAACAACAACAAGGAAACUGAGAGGAAGAUAACCAUAGCCAACCGACAGGCUGCAAAGCUGCGGCAGGAUUUGAAGGAGCAGGAGAAUAACUGCAGCAGGCUGCAGGAUGAGCUGAAUAGUUGCAAAGGUACACGGGACAGAGCAACCUCUGAUGUGGAGUCUGUGACGUCCCACAUAUCCAGAAUGAAGAAAGAUAUCCAAGAUAACAAUGACAAACUCAAGGAGGCCAGGGCCUACAAUGUUGCGCUGGAAGAGAAGCUGAAAGGCGUGACUCAGACUGCCCUUAGUGAGGAGGAGAGAGCUGCACAGAUGGACCAGUUCCUCAAAGAUGAGGAACUGGCAAUCAAGGAGUUGGAUGUCCAGCUCCGUGACUGCAGGGAGGAACUUUUUUGCCGUAAAGAGCACUUGCAGGCCCUCAAGACAAAGGAGAAGGAUUCUAUCGCCCAGGUUUCGAGGAAUAAAUCCACCAUCACCAGCCUGGACAGCCAGCUCAUAAAACUGGAGAAGGAAAUGAUAAGACAGCAGAUGACCAUGAGUGAACAGGACUCCCAGAUCGUCUACCUGGAUAGAAAACUGGCACGGCUACAAGGCGACAUUCACUCAAAUGAACAACAAAUGCUAGACAUUAAGAUCGCUGAGCUGACCAAAGCUUUAGAGGAGAAGAAGAAGACAGCCAACAUGCUUACCAACACGCUCAAGGAGUCUGAGGAUGAUAUUCGCUAUUUGAGGAAAGAGAUGGAGAAGUCAGGAGCUCAAAAGAGAGAUAUGACCGACAAGGUAGAGGAGCUCAUGCUACUCUGUAACACCAAUGAAAAGGAGCUGAAGAGACUCAGGCUCAGGAAACAGGACAACAUGGUGGAGCACAACAUAAUGAAGAUAGAGGUCAAGCGUAUGAGGGAUCUGCUGUACAACAAGGCGGACAGCAUGCUGUCCUUGGAGAAGAGAAAGCUGGAGCUGCAGAAAGCCAUGAAGGAGAGGGAGGAGGAGAUCAAGGUCUACAGAGAAAUGCUCGGCCAGCAGCUCAAGAUCAGUGAGCAGGAGAGACAGAGGCUCAGUAUUGAACUGAAUGAGAAACUGUCCAAGAUCGACAUGAUGAAGAAACGCUUUGAGGUCGUGACGCUUUCAAUAGCAGCUCCUCAGGGGGAAGAGGAAAAAUCACAGGCUUACUACAUCACGAAGGCUGCACAAGAGAAAGAGGAGCUCAAGCGGAAUGGAGACAGUCUGGAUGCUAAAAUCCGCAAGAUGGAGCUGGAAAAUAGAGCUCUGGACAACACCAUUCAGUUGUUCAACAAAAGCAACUCAGCUUUUCGCAAAUCUCUCAACAAGGCAAAUGAAUCCAGUCCAGAGUACCAGGAAAAGCUGAAGCUAGAAGAGCAGUUGAAGGUGGCCGAGGAGACGCUAAGGUAUAAGAAAAGACAGAUCCAAGAGCUCCAGCAGGACUUACAGGACAUGAACAAUACCUUGGAGAGUCUGCUGCAAGAAGAGCAGGUGGAGACAGAUAAGAUUGCGCACAAACAGUCAUUCAUCAGUAAACUGAACAAAGAAAUCACUUCCCAGCACGAGAAAAUUCACAGAGCCACAAAGCAGUGCUCUAAACUGACCAAAGAGAUCCGCUCAGCAAAAAACACCAAGGCUGAGACUUUUGAGGAGAAGGACAUUAAGCUGAGGGAGUUGAAAGAAUUCAACAAGUCUGUCAACAAGAUGCUGAACGAGGCCAUGGUGGAUAAACCUGACCUCAGAUCAGUGUUGGAGAAAUACUUCCUGCAGGCCAAUCUGUCUCUUCCAUCUCCAUCUUCCACUCCUACCAGCCAUCGGAGCUCCAAGACAAACUCUGCCCGCAGCUCCGCCUCUCUCAGGUCUCCUGCGUCCUCAGCCAGCAGCAGCCCCAGGGCCUCUGCACUUCACUCCCCCGUACUGAAGACUGUGGAACUGGGCUUGGAUCUGACUGCGACCUCCCCUCCUCUCACCACCUCCAAGCGAUCCAGCUCUGCGAGCAGCAGCAGCAGCAGAAAGCUAAAGAGCCCGUAGUGUGCUGUUCCUCUGUCUAAUGGCUGAUUGUCAUUCUUUAUUUACUGAUGUGGAGAAAGAACAAUACAACACCUCUGCCAACAAGAGAAAGAGGAUUAUAGUUACUUGUAGUAAAUUAUAGUUGCACAGAAUAACUCGAUGGAUACAAUUUUGAAAUGUGUUUUCAAAGUUGUAAAAAGAGGUUCAGGAUAGUUUGUGUGUGUCAUAGUGAGUGUCAUUCUGUAUUUUGCAGUUAACUUAGUGUAUUCUUAAAUGUGUUAUUUGUAGACUUAGUUCAUUUCUUUGUAGUUAUUAUAUUUAUUCAUUCAACUGUAAUGUAGCCUAAAGGAAGACUAUCACAAAAAUUACAUUAUCCCAAAAUGAGUGGAUAGACAGACUUAAGCUUGACAAAAAUCUAAACAGAACUUUUUUUCCCCUUUUAAUUUGAAAAAAGAAACAUGAUGAUGAUUUUUUCUGUCCUGUUCUUGUUUUUAAGGGGCAGGGCUCUUAAAAAUGUAACUGACUCAAAGACAACUCAAUAAAAAGUAGCAGAAAAUUCUCGUUGUCACAGUUUGUUUUUGGUUGUUUUAAGCUAAACUAAAACUUCAUUUAAUAGCAAAAAUCUCACUCUUAACCUUUCUUGAGAUGGAUGAUCUUUGGAUUUGGAAUUUACAUCCUUAGAAAUCGCAUGUUUGACAGACUGGUGACUGGUGACAUGCCUCCUCAUAUUUCAUUGAACAGUAUGGGCUUUGUUUUGAUCACCUGCUUGAGUCACUCCGGCCCAGAAAAUUCUUCGAGGAACUUGUGAAUUGUUGUUCACUGCUCCACCCCCUGAGUAAGGAUGUCACUUCCAGGCACAAAACAAAAGAAGCCAGAGGCUUCGUGAGAGCAAAGGGAACACUUUCUCACUACAGAUUUCACUCUUUUUUUUUGGAAUACAGCUUCAACAUGCUGCUGCUGAUCCUAUUUGCUGGAUGUUUGGCCUCGUGUGCUGCACAGACAACUUCCUCCUCUGCCAUGGAGAUGUCAACCAUGACAUCUACUCCCUUUACACAACCAGUCCAGGCAACGCCAGUCCUGCCAACAUCUCUUUCAACAGACAAUGUUGUGGCAAUCCUUCUGACAGCUGUCCAGUCCUAUCGGGAGCUAAAUGAAACGACAGUUGCUCCAGUCGUGAACCAGCUCUACAGCAUUAUCCAGCAGCUUCAACCAGAUCUGAACUUCAGACUAACAGUGAAGAACAUCACCAGAGUCUGAAACCUCAACUCACAACUUUCUAUGUGUUUGGUCACUAGACUUGAAAAAAAUGAUACUUUAUUAAUACUUUAUUAAUUGACUAAAUUAAAUUGAGCAAAAGGUCCCCAAUUAGGUCUAAAAUGAUAAAGGUACAGUUACUGCAUUUGCUUUGAUCCAUCAAAGAAUAGGCUACAUACAAAUGAAUAAUGCUUCAUGGUGUCAAGUUUGAAGUAUCAGAAGUUUAAUCAAGAUGUUUCAGACAACACUCACACAUUUCCUGUAAUCAUGCUUACUGAAAUUAACCCUAAACCCCACUGUGAUGUACUGGAGGGAGCUGUUGUCAGUUGGUUGUGUGUUUACUAGAUUUCCAAUGAAAGCUGAGGUACAUCGCAGUGAAAACUGUGAGACGUGGCAGUUAAUAAUCCAAAUGACACAAAGGUUAUGCACCCUUUUACAUGCAAUAUUUUUCUGUUUUAAAAUGCACAAAUGUAAAGAAAUGUUUCAGUUUCAGUUUCCUCUUAAAUUUCACAGAAUUAACUUUUGUCCAUCUUGUAAAAAAUACAUUGCAGUCAAUCAGAAAUACAUAAAAAUAUAAAUGCUGUAUUUCCAGCAAUGAUAUAUUUAAUUGUCCAUUUUCACCAAAGACACAUGAUUACUGAGUUGUUGUAAAAUUCAAUAAAAGUGCAUGGAAGAAAUAAAUUAGUAGCCUCAUG